AUGGACAAGGAGAUCUCCUCUGAGGAUCAUAGUUUCCAAGAGAUGGAAUUAGAUGACAUAGCUAGGAAAAUUUCGGAUCUUGAGAAGUGGAGGGAAAUCUUUUGUCAUCACAGGUUGGAAAUCAACAGUGCAACUCAUCAGGACGCUCAAGAAAAAAUCCAAGACUGUCAGAAAUCUGCUGAUUAUAACAAAGCUGGUGCAGGAUUACCUCAAGACAAAGAAAAAGGAUGGUACCUAUCACAGGUCCUUUAUUCACUUCCUGAAUCCUCCAUCAAAACGAAAUGGGGCCACUUUCCCAUCUCCCUAGCAAUGGCCAUGGACCUACAAAAGAUUCUGUUUGGAAAUACUGUACAUGUCUUUAACCAUGAUUGGAAAAAGUCAUGUUUCAACUUUCAUGAACCUUCUUCAGACUUAUCCUACGCUUUGGAAAUAGGAAAGGGUGGGUCCAGAGCAAUCCAAAUGGCUGUCCAGGUGAACAUCCUCAAAUACCUUUUGUUUACUAGGAGUGAAAAAAGCAGUGACUUUUGCAGUUUAUGCAGAACGAGCCAUCGAGAACAGAAAGAGGCCCUCUCAGCAGCUCUGGCAGAAACUCUGUGGAAAGCAGGAGAAAGACAAAAGCUCAUCAUCUGUGCCAUCUCAUCAGAAACUUGUUUUCCCUCUACCAGGGACUUCCAAGCAGAUGGCUUCACUGAGCGUCUCCAGCUUUUUGAAUUUUUGGAGAAAGAAGAUGCCAAGAAAUUCAUCUAUGAUCAUUUACAAUGGUUCAAAGAAGAAGGAAGCCAUGGAGUUAUCUUAUUUCUUUACAGUCUGCUUUUCUCCAGAACAUUUGAAAGGCUCAAAAAGGACCUUGAUACCAGUUCAACUCAUCUGUUAGAGCCAAGUGGUGGAAAUUUGGUUUGCAAGCAGGCAGUUCUAAACCUCAUCUUAACAGGACGAGCCAGUCCCCAUGUCUUCAAUGGCUACCACCAAGGAAGUUCUCAAGAUCUGCUGCAUGGAGUCCUGGCCCGCAGCGAUGUCGGCUAUUUACAAUGGAAGAAGAAUAGUAGGGAACAACAAAAGCUCCCACAGGUUGGAAGCAUGCUGAAGACUCCAAAAUUCCCCAUCUGGCUAUGUAGCAUCAAUGGAACAUAUAGCGUCCUUUUUAGUGAUAACAAGCUGCUCUUAUCUGACUGGAAGAUGGAGCAUCAAUUUGGUCUUUAUUUUUAUACUGGUCAUCCCUUCCAGAAAAAGGCAGCCUAUCUUUCAGUAGAUACUCAUUCUCACCACUGGGAAGAAGUUCAGCAGAAUGAGAACUGUGUCCCAGAACGACCAGUGGAAAUGGUGAUAAGGACAAAAUGGAAAGGGGCUUCUGUGAAGUGGAAUGGAACUCUUCCAUUCUUUUAAAGAGAAAGACUUGGUUUCUCUGAAGUAUUUGACACUGGAGACCUAACCCUUUCUUUCUAAUAUCCUUUCUUCCUUUAGCCUCCAUGACAUUAAACUCUCAUAGUUUUUGUCUUAUAUUUUGGACCGUGUGUACUCUCUAUUGUUGGCUGGCAUUUCUAUGCUCCUUAUGGCUCUUAAAUCCUCAAGGUUCUGGCCUAGAUACUCCUUUCUUUUCUUUCUGUACCCUCACCUUUGGCAAAUCUAUCUGCUCCUAUAGUUUUAAUUAUUAUCUAAGAAGAGGACUACCAGGUCUACUUUUUUUCCUUUUUUCUUUUAAUAGUAUUUUAUUUUCCAAGUAUAUGCAGAGAGUUUUUAACAUUCACCCCUGCAAAACCUUGUGUUCUAAAUUUUUUCUUCCUCUUUUCCCCUCCCGUCACCACCUCCCCAAGUCAGCAAGCAAUUCGAUAUAGGUUAAACAUACAAUUCUUUUAAAUAUAUUUCCAUAGCCAUCAUUCUGCACACAAAAAAAAUCAGAUGAAGAGAAAAAAAAACAUGAGAAAGGAAAAAAUAAACAAGCAAGCAAACAAUAACAAAGAUGAAAAUGCUAUGUUUUGAUAUACCUCCAGUUUCCAUAAUUCUCUUUCUGAAUGUGGAUGACUCUUUUAAUCACAAGUCUAUUGGAAUUGUCUUGAAUCACUUCUUUCUUGAAAAGAUCCAAGUCUAUCACAAUUGAUUGCAUAAUCUUGUUGUUAUUGUGUACAAUGUUCUCCUGGUUCUGCUCACUUCACUCAACAUCAGUUAAAAUAAACCUUUCCAUGCUUUUCUGAAAUCAGUCUUCUCCUUUCAGAU